UUUUUAUCUUUUUCUUCGAGAAAUAAAUCAAAAAUAAUAAAAGCCAAACGAAAUUUCCACAUUUUCUCUCAUUAUCUAUAAUCAGAGACUAUCACUCUCAGAGAUAGAGAGAGAUAGGGAGACGUAGAGAGAAAGACAGAAAGAUGCGGAGUGAGUUUUCUAGGGUUAGGGUUAGGUUUCCAGGUCAUGGGUUCUCCUGAACCCCCUAAUAUCAGCACCGCCACAUCCACUUCAUCAGAAUCCUCUCCAGUCCAAGAUUCCCCUUUAACCAGUUAUAUAAACAACUUAUCGCCAAUUAAGCUUGUCAAGGGCGCACAUGUAGCUCAAGGGUUUUCUGGACUUAAUUCUCCUCCUCUUGUAUUCACAUCACCACGUAUAAGUUCACACCACGAAACAAGUUUUCUGAAAAGGCCUCAGUACCCUCAGUUGUCCAGUGCAGAACUAUCUCAUAAUGAUGGCAGAGACAAGAAAUCUGCUGAUGGUCCUUGUGAAUCUGAAAAACAAGUUACCCAAUCAUGCAGGCAAUUGAUCACUUAUGCUCAUAAAGACUGUGAUAUUAACAAGUACGCUCCAGCCCAACCCUGCAGUUCCUCUGUAUGUGUUACUGAGUAUUUGGCUGAUCAUGUAGCCGUGGACAGUGUGAGUUCUGGAGAUUCAGCCAAUCCAUCUCAUAAACAAUCUAUUGAUGUGGCUGAAUCAUCACUAAGUGACUUAACCGACUCAAAGAAAACCAUAAAAUUUGACCAUGAAAAUGACAUGGAAAAAUAUGAAGGGACCGAAGUGGAGCCACCUCUGGUUAUGUCAGAGAAAGCUGCAGAGGACCUUCAAGGAAAGCUAAUAGAUUAUGUUAAGCCAGCCAAAAAUGAGGAGGAACAAAGGAAAGGUCAACAACCAAUGAAUGAAUUGCUAACCAUGGAGUCGGAUAUGUCUGUAGACCAUAAUUUUAAAGGACAACGAUGUGAAGAUUCAUGCACCCAGGCCAGUGAAAACCAACGUGUCAUACGUAGACGUUGCCUUCAGUUUGAAGAGGCUCCACCGAAUUUUGUUGGAAACAGUGCCAGUUCCUUGGAUAUUACUGAUAAAGUGACCAAUUCAAGGCCACCUGCCACCACUGUAGAAUUGGAGGGUUUGGAAUCUCUAGAUAUAAAUGCAGCUUCUAGUAGGGGUGAAACGUUUACAUUGUCCCAAUCCAGGACAAUUUUGCUUCCUCAGUAUAGAGGAAAUUCUCCCUUAACAGCUCCCAAGCCAUCAGGUAUCGGCCUGCACUUGAAUAGCAUUGUCAGUGCGGUGCCAUUAGGGCAUGGUGCCAUUGCAGACUUGAAACCAGCAGAGCGGCAUAUGUCAUCAGCUGUCAUCAGCUGUCAUUCACUCGAGAAUACAAGAAGUUGCCCAAUUUCAUUUGUUGCUGAAGAUGGGAAGGACAAUAGUAUGUCUUCAGUUGCUGCAAGUUCUGCCCCUUCUGAGUCUCCCAACUCUAAAGAACCUUUGAAUUUGUUGCCUGUAGAGUUUCAUGCAACUCCGCAUGAUAAGAGGAAAUUUUACUCUGAAUACGUUGAAAGUUAUGAGUACUGCCAACUGAGUUCCAAAAAGAAAAGGAAGAAAACUUCGAGCCCCAUUGAUAAUGAUGGUUGCAAGCGUUGCAACUGUAAGAAGACCAAAUGCUUGAAACUUUAUUGUGAUUGCUUUGCUGCUGGAAUCUACUGUGCGGAACCUUGUGCUUGCCAAGAGUGCUAUAACAGACCUGAAUAUGAAGAUACAGUUCUUGAAAUCCGACAACAAAUUGAGUCCCGUAAUCCACUUGCAUUUGCUCCCAAGAUUGUACGGCCUGUACCUGAGUUCAAUAAUAGGGAAGAUGGAAAUAGAGCAACUCCAUCCUCGGGGAGGCAUAAAAGAGGCUGCAAUUGCAAAAAGUCAAUGUGUCUCAAGAAAUAUUGCGAAUGCUAUCAGGCUAAUGUAGGAUGCUCUAGUGGAUGCCGGUGCGAUGGAUGCAAAAAUGUUUAUGGCCGGAAGGAAGAAUAUGUUGCUACUGAGCAUGUUGUGAAUAAAGAGAUGAUUAGUGACAGAGCUGGUGAGAGAAGAUUUGAAGGCACACUUGACGAGAGGCUGGAAAUGGUGGCAACCAAGAAAGAUUUCUUACGUCCUGAGUUGUAUGAUCUGCACAGCCUCACUCCUCAGACACCGACAUUCAUGUGCUCAGAUCAUGGAAGGCCUGAUCGAAAAUCACAAUCUUUUUCAAGAAGAUGCCUCCAGUCACCUGAAUCUGAUCUUGCUAUCUUGUCAUCCUAUGUGGAUCCUAGGAAAUCUUCAAGAACUUUGGGUAGCAGUGACAUGCUUCUGCAAGCAAAUAACGAAUUACCAAAUGUUGGUUGUUUUGAUUGGCAAGUGGAUUACAACAUGGAAAUGAUGGAUCAGUUAUCACCAAGUAAUAAUGUAGUUGCAAAUAUGUGCCAUCAAACUCCGGUAUCAGAUCCACCCUUGAUGACCAUGUCUUCUUCAAGUUCAUCCAAAACAACAGACUGGACAAACAUUUCACAAGUUCAACCCCCUCCUGGAACUUGCUAUCUAUCAUCAAGCGGUCCCCUUCGUUGGCGCAGUUCACCAAUUACUCCGAUGGCUCGGUUGGAUGGGAUGAAAUCAGUCCAGGGGCUUGACCCUGACGGUGGGCUUUGUGACAUUCUGGAAGAUGAAACUCCUGAGAUAUUGAAGGAUAGUGCUACACCAAUUAAGUCUGUUAAAGUAAGUUCCCCAAAUCAGAAGCGAGUUUCUCCUCCCAAGAGCCAUUUGCAUGAGCUUGGGUCAAACUCUUCAGGGGGGUUGAGAAGUGGCCGCAAGUUCAUAUUGAAGGCUGUCCCCUCUUUCCCACCUCUUACCCCUUGCAUUGAUUCCAAAGGCGGUACAAAUUCGAAAGCUAACAACAUUCAAGAUGAUAGUAGCAGCAAAUGAGGGACAUGUCUGGAGAUUUUGCACACUCCAAAAGGGCAUAUGCUGUUGGGCUUUUUACAUGAUCACAGAAGAACAUUGCAGAAAGUCCCAUGGGUUGGAAAACAGCAGACCUUACCAUGUGGAAACGCCUCCUGAGCCCUAAAUAUUUUCUAACAUAUCAAUUUAUAAUUGGCUCAGUCAUUUACUACUGCACUAAACAGGUCUACAAGUGGGCCACUGGCCUCAUGUUUCGAGAACUAAUGCACAAAAUUUUAAGGAUCACUGCCGGCUGCACUCUCAUCUCUA